CAAUAUUUUAUUAUCAUGAUAUCAAUUGUUUCCAGAAAUCGAUAGCGUUUUCUUGGUACUAAUGGUAGUCCCAGCAUUUUUGAAAAGCAAGCUUAUUCAUCGGUCAUUAUCAUGAUCUUGAUGUCCGCUGCUAUAUUACAUCUCUAUCAAGGAUAGUUUCCAGGUUGCCAUGACAACAUAAUAAGCCUUAAAAUUUAUUUGCAAAGUCAACAAAGAAAUUGGAAAUAGUGUGCCAUGGCCAUUCUCCAACUUGUGUUCUUUUUUAUACUCUAUGUAGGAAAGUCUCUUCAAGGAAGAAUAGUGCCUUCUCCUCCAAGCAUUACAGCAGGUCCUAAACCUUACCCUAUGAGAAGUUGGAACCCAGAACUUGGAGAUCGAGUAUAUGUGUACCUACCAAAAGAAAAGAAUACACGUUUACAAUGUGUUGCUAGUGGAAAUACUCCAAAAUUAAGAUAUGACUGGAUUAAAGAUGGAAAAUUGAUAGAUUUUAAUUCAGAUGAAGUUAGAUAUAAAAACAAUACUUUACGGAUUUAUAAAGAACAUGGACUUGGUACUUUAAACAUUCAUCAUGUUCAGGAGAGUGAUUAUGGGAUAUACCAAUGCAGAGCAGGCAGUGCUAGCAGCCAAGCUCUGUCACUGAGCAAAAAGGUUGAACUAAUAGAGGCAGAUAUCUCAUCUUUUCAAAAUAAUAAUGACCGACCUCCAAAGGUUGUGCUUCUCGGACAGUAUGUAAUGCUGACAUGUGACCCACCUUACUCCAAUCCAAAAGCUAUUCUGAAGUGGACUACAGAUGACACAUUGAAGGAAAUGUCAUUGAAUGACAGAAUUGUCAUGGAUUAUGAAGGCAAUUUGCACUUCACAAAUAUAGCCAAAGAAGAUGGGGGAAAGAUGUACUCCUGUUUUGCUUCUCUAAGUUUCAUUGGAUUCUAUAGUAAAGGACCAUUUACAAGCUUAACUGUAAAAGGUGACAAGCCAGCUAAUCAACCAGCAAAGAUACAAUGGAGAUCUGCAAAAGAUGUCAUUGGUGUGAAAGGAGAGCCUGUUAAAUUUAUGUGUAUAUUUAGUGGACAUCCAGUACCUAAAAUUUUGUGGCACAAGGAAGGGAGACCAUCAACGAUGCUCUCAGAAGGACAUGAACUUGUUAUCAACUCUGUGCAGUUUAAUGACAAAGGCAUUUAUGUUUGCUCUGGAAAAAAUCCUGUUACAGAUAAACCACAAAAUGUGACAUUUACUCUGAAUGUACAAGCAAAACCUAGCUGGAAAAUUCCACCAGUUGAUACACGAGUUAGUGUUGGUGAAUCAGCCUCUAUAAAUUGUGAAGCAGAAGGCAUCCCUUCACCAAAUGUGGAGUGGUUUAUUGAUGGAAAACCAUUUAAAGAAAUUCCUGGCAAACGACAACUCCAAGAUAAUAUUCUACAUGUCAGUAGCCUCACUAAAAAGGAGUCUAUGGUUGUUCAGUGCAAUGCUACCAAUACUCAUGGAUCUCUGUUUUCUGAUGUUUACAUCAACGUUUUAGCUUUGCCUCCAGAGAUUACCAAUUGGACGAAAUUGGUCAGAGUUGCUGCUGGGAAUGAUGCAGUUUUAACAUGUGAACACAAUGGGUAUCCGACACCAACUCUUCAGUGGAAACGAGGUCCACAACUUUUAAAUGGAGACAGAUACAACUUUACACAAAAUUCAAUAACAAUUUUUAAUGUCAGUAAACAUGAUCAAGGCAUAGUCCAAUGUAUUUCCAAAAAUACAGAGGGCAAAAUGGAAGAGGAAAUAAGACUUAUUGUCAGGGACAAAACCAAUAUAAUAGAUUGGAUCAAUGAAAAAACUGUUGAUGAAGGCACAGAUGUCAUGUUUUCUUGUCUUGCUAUGUCGGAUCCAAAAGAAAACAUUAAAUACACAUGGAGAAAGAAUGGUAAACACAUGCAAGACAUCAGCGUCCAACAAUUGAGUUGUGAAAAAAACUGCACAGUACUAAAAAUUCCAAAAGCCAGAAGCACACACUCAGGAAACUACACGUGUAUUGCCAGUAAUGAAAUUGAUGAAGAUCAAAAAACUGUUGAGUUGAAGGUGAAAGCACCUCCUUAUCCUCCUGGUGAAGUAAGGAUCACAAGUUGUGGAGACUGGAAGUUAGGACUAAAGUGGACUGCCGGGUUUAACAAUUUCCUUCCUAUUAUUAAUUAUACUAUUGAAUACAGUACACCUUUUCACUCAGAUGAGUGGAUCUUUCUGUAUCAAACUUCAGAUAACAGAACACAAAUUAAUGGUUUACCUCUUUCUGCUGGUGUAGAGUACAAGUUCAGAAUUAAAGCAUUAAAUGUAAAGGGAUUUAGUAUUGCAUCAAAACCAACAAUCCUGUGUAAAACAGAUGCAAAGAAACCAGCCAGACACCCAGAUGGCGUGAAGAUAAAGAAUUCCAAAGAAGGAUAUCUGUUUAUAGAAUGGAAGGCGAUGGAUCCAAUGGAUUUCAAUGGAGAGAACUUUUCAUACAAAAUAUUUGUGAGGAAACUGAAUACAAAAGAUGACAAAAUCAGUCCAUAUGUUGUGGCUGGGGAUAAGAAUUCAAAGCUGAUUAAAACAAAUGACACUUACCAAAUGUAUGGAGUAAAAGUAGCAGCUUGGAACAUAAAAGGCACACCUCUACCAAGGCCAGUGGAAAUCUUUGGGUAUUCAGGAAUGGGUGUACCAACCAUUAGGCCAAAGAAUUUUGCAUUAGAUGAAAACUCUACCUUUACACAUGAAACAGCUACAUUUGUUUGGGAUGCAGUUCCGUCUAACUCUACCGAGUUGAAAGGAAAGUUUGAUGGAUAUGUUAUUCGUUAUUGGAAAAAAACAAGUCCUGGAAUUCUAAAGAGAAUAGAAAUACCUGCUAGAGUUCUGAGUGUUGUUGAUACAAAUAUGAUUGAAACCCAAAGGAUACGGGAAACAAUACAUAAUCUUCCAGCUUUCUCAGAACUUCAACUUGAUGUAUUGGUGAAGAAUACCCUGUUUGAGUCAAAGCCAAGUGAUUUAAUUGAUCUUGUCACUCCAGAAGGAGUACCAUCAGAAGUUGAAAAACUUAGAGCAGAAAAGAGAGGUGAAAACUUCUUGGAACUAGGUUGGUUUAUGCCUAAAAGAGUAAAUGGAAAACUAAAGGAGUUUAAAAUUAAGUAUCAAAAAGUUACUGGUGGGAUGAUUGAAAAGGAUGUUGAAGAAAUGAAAAAUAUUGACUCGAAUGUUGCGGCAAUGGAAAUGAUUAAACACAGAAUUGAAGGAUUGGAACCAAACACACUUUACAGAGUAGUUGUUUUUGCCACAACAAGAGUUGGAGCUGGAAGAAAAACGUUUCUAGAUGUUAUGACAGCAGACAGAGCACCCCUCAGUCGUCCAAUUGUGUAUGUAGACCAACUUCCAGAGAAAAAUGGUUUUAACAUAUCAUGGAAUUCUGUCAGUCCAGUCAACACUGUCAAUAUGAAAAUAUCAGGAGGAGCCUACAAUGUGGUUAAAAAAAGCAAUAGUUCCCAGAACUGGGUGCUUGUGACCGAAGGUUUAGAAGUAGGAAGAACUUACAUAAUCACAGUUACAGCAGAAGAUAACUCGAGAAAAGCUACCAGUGAAGAAAUAAAAGUCAUUUUUUCAAGCAUCACGCGUAACCGUAGAGGAGAUGCAAUAUUCCAGGCAACUUGGUUUAUAAUUGUUAUGGUGGCCAUAGCCAUUUUGAUUUUAGUAAUCAUCAUUGUGUGUUUACUGUUAAAAAGAAACAGAGGAGACAAAUAUAAUGUACAAGAGAGAGAAAAUUUACAUGGUAUCAAAAAUGAAGAAAUGAAGAAACCUAUACCAAAAGGAGGCUUUGAUGAAAACUCAGAAAAGCAGCCAUUGGCAGAAAACUCAUUUGAUGACAUGGAGAAAAGAGCCAUGGGAAGUGAUAAAGACAGCUUGGAGGAAUAUGGAGAUGUUGAUCCCUCUAAAUUUAAUGAAGAUGGCUCAUUUAUUGGUCAAUAUGGGAAUCAACAAGCCACAACACCUUCUGAAGCUGCAGUCACUUCUGCUAUGCAUAAUUUAAUAUAAAAUUUCAUUCAUAACUCUCUGCUGCACACAAACAGUCAAAUAAUAGUAUUCAUUUAAUUUGCAGAAUAUUCCCCAUAAAUGUAUACUCAUCAGAAAACUGUAAAUGUUUAUAAUAAUGUGUGUCGUAAAUUAAGCAAAGGAUGACUGCACUUAGGGACAUGCGAAAAUUGCGACAAAAUAAACUUUCUGUAGUUCUGUAGUUCAAUUAUUCACUCAAAACCAUGUAAAUAUAUGGUACAUGAGGACAAUGAAAAAUAUUUACAGCAUAUAAAAAUUCAGGUCAGAUGUACAAGUAUAUGAUAUACGUAUUCAGGAAAUGAAAGUGAACGAGGACCAAAAAAAAGAAGAAAAAAGAUAAAUACAUGUACAUAUAAUAGAUAUAAUAAUGGUAUAAAUGAGGGGAAAAAUCAUGAAGGACAGACUAAAUCAUAUAUUUUUAAUAUAAAUGUACAGAGUUUUUUCAGUGUCUUAGCAUCUUGUUUUGUCAACAAUUGAGAACAUUUAAGUAUAUUUGGUCAAGUAGUGUUCAUUAAUAUACUUUUUCCUAAUGUUUGACAAUGCAGUGCAUUCAAGUAUAAAAUGGAAUUCAUCAGCAACGUGUUUGGUUUUACAAAGUGUACAUAAUCUUUCAUUUAAUGGUAUACCUGCCCAUCUUCCCAGCUCAACUGGUAGACGGUGAUUAGAAUUUUACAAGUAUUUUUCUAAACUCUCAUGGCAAAAUACAUAAAUACUUCUCACAUUCAAGAUUUAUUUUAAAAAGUUUAUACACAACAUCCUUGGAUGAACUAUUAAUGUCAGCAUGCCAUUUUUUUGUAUAAAUUGAUCCUGUAAUCGUUGCUUUACAACAGUGGUAACCCAAUCUUGAUUAAGACUUAUACAAAACUGUCCAUUCCAAAUAUUAGAUAGUCCGCAAGAAUCGAAAAUACGAUGCACACAAUCAUUCCAUGGAUUCUUACCAAAUUCAGAUUGUGAAUUAGAGAUUAAAUUUUUAUAUAAAAUACAUGAAGUUUUGUUUCCGGGGCUGUUAAUUAAUUUACACCAGUAAGAAACAAUCCUGGAAUAAACCAGAACAGAUAAUGGAAAGCGUCCCCUUUCACCAUAAACCAUAAAAUUUGGAGUACUACUUUUCAAGUAGAGUAUAUGUUUCAAAAAUUUUAAAUGAACACGUUCAAUAAAUAAUGUCUAGGUUUUCAAAACCCCAGAUUUCACAACGCAUUUUCGAUUUUCAAAACGCAUUUUUCUUUUAAUUGCAGGAAUCGUCAACAUCUAAUCUACAACUUUACGUAAUCACAUUAAAUAAAAGUAUGUAUUUACGAAGUACGAGGCUGUUUUCAAAGGCGGUGGUCAUCACAAUUUCUUGAAUCUCCGUACGAUAAUGAGGACGCCAACUUUUCCACUGACUUUAUACAUAAACAGCGCAUUUUUGUCUAUUGUUCUCCGUUUAACAGUAGUUGUUUAUAUGCAUUUAUAAUGUUUUGUCUAAAGGAGAUUAAUAGACACACAUGCGCUCAUGUUUAAAAGAGAAAAAAUUGCUUCCUACAUUUGCUCUCUCUGUCGUAACCAAGGGCUGUGGCAUGUUGAAUAUUAUAAUUCACUACUUGAUUUCUUACGUCAGGUAACUCUGUGAAUACUAAAUUCCGUCACGUUACUUGUAAGGUAGCAUGUUUUGUGCUAACUAGAACAAUGUGUUCGAACACGUUGAAUUGUCAGGCAUCGAUUCAAAAUAUUCUUUACUUACAUGGACGUGGUCAUAUUGUUAAUUUCGUUUUGAAACCAUUGUAAGUAAUGUACUUGUGUCAUACAGAAUAAAGGGGGAGAUGGAAAAGAGUAAUCUAGCUCGUAUUUUAUACAUGUCAUUGUUAUUUAUCUAGUCUAAUUUUAGAACCAUUCUUAUAAUGUAAGCUCCACCUCUCAUGCAUACCUAAUGUUUAAUCAAGGGCAGGUAUAAGUGUUAAUUCUCUAUACAUGUAUUUGGAAAUAGUAAGGUCGAAAACAUGGAAUUAUUUUAUUGUAUUGACAGUCUAAAAUCAUUUUAACAUUUAAAAAUUUGGUGCCAAAUUGACAGAAUUCUUUGGUAAAUAUACAAAAUUGAAAUAAGGUUAAGAUAUAAAGGCAACAGAAGCGAUGGAAAAAGACCCAAAACCCAGCGUUAAGUGCAGUUAUCCUUUGUUGCAAAAAAUCAUAUGCGUCAGGGUUACUUCCACCUAGAUAAUGUAUUGUUGAUGCUGAAUAAAAUAUUUACAAAGAUGUUGA